AUGUUUAAACAAUUCAUUCGAAAAAUGUCUAGUUCUAUUCCACAAAUAAUUAAAUCAGAAAAUCCAGGACCUAUAGAAGCAUCAAUAAUUUCAAAAAUUACAAAUGAAUUCAAACCAUCAUAUUUUAAAAUCGUUAAUGAUUCUCAUAAACAUGCUCAUCAUGCUGGUAUUAGAGGUGCCACUAAUGUAACUGAAUCCCAUUUUAGAUUAGAAAUUAUAAGUGAUGUAUUUGAUGGUAAAACUUUACCUGCUAGACAUAGAUUAGUUUAUAAUUUAUUAGAUGAUGAGUUGAAAAAUCAUGGUGUUCAUGCAUUACAAAUGAAAACUAAAACUGAAAAGGAAAUUAAGAAAUAG